AUGAAUAGCCCUGUGCCUGCAUGGAUAAUUUUGGAGCGCCAAACGAUGGCGGAGGGCAUACGAGCUCACGCUCUCCGUCAAGCCCAUCUGCAGCGCAGCUUGAGGGCGCACUUUACAGAUCUGUGGGAGAAGAAGUGGUCAGUGGAGGAAGUCGUACCUUCGCUAUCCCUCGGUGGGCACCCAGAUCUUGAUUUGGGCGCUGAAGACAACGACGGAGGCGAGGAGGCAAGGGACGAUGACGCUGGGGGCAACAUUUGGGACAGGGAGCCGAUAGCCAAAGGGCCGGAAGCAGCCGGUAACACAUAA